UCGGGGGGUAAGGUGCUGGUGUUUCCUCUGGACGGAUCUCACUGGGUGAACAUGAAGGUUCUUCUGGAGGAGCUUCACACUCGGGGUCAUGAGGUCACGGUGCUCCGGCCCCUGGACACCUGGUACAUAAAUGCACAGGCUCCGUUCUAUCGCUCCAUCACCAUAAACGCCUCCGCCGGCUUCAGCGAGAAAGAGUUCGGCUCCUUUGCCACCAGGAUGUUGAAUCUGCGGCGCGAGGGCGCCUCCGCAUGGACGCUCAUGGCGCUGGAGAUGGAGAUCGUGCAGGCGUUUUACGAGAUGAAUCGUCAGAUUGUGGUGAUGAUGGAGAAGGUGUUUGAGAACCAGACGUUGAUGCAGGAGCUGAGGGACACUCACUAUGACCUGAUGCUGACAGACCCGGCCGUCGGGGGAGGUGUGCUGCUGGCGCACAAGCUGAAGCUGCCGCUGGUGUUUAAUGUGCGCUGGCUCUUGCAGAGGGAGGGGCAUGACGCCAUCGCGCCCACACCGCUGUCCUACGUUCCCCUCCCCAUUGGAGUCACCGACUGCAUGAACUUCUUCCAGCGCCUCCAGAACAUGCUGAUCUUCUUCUUCAUGCACUUACAGAUCUGGUACGUGAUCGACCCAAACUACAAGCCCUUCGUGCACAAACACUUCGGGCCUGAGGUCCACUACAUGGAGCUGUUCCAGUCAGCUGACAUCUGGCUCAUGAGGAACGACUUCACCUUCGAGUUCCCUCGGCCGACCAUGCCCAACGUGGUCUACAUGUCGGGGUUCCAGUGCAAAGAGCCCAAAGCCCUGUCCCCGGAGCUGGAGGCGUUUGUGCAGAGCGCCGAAGAACAUGGUGUCAUCAUCAUGACGUUGGGGACGCUCGUGGCCGAGCUGCCCCAUGACAUCAGCGAGGAGGUGGCGGCAGCGUUCGCUCAGCUGCCUCAGAAGAUCAUCUGGAGACACAAAGGAAGGAGACCCUCCACUGUGGGGAACAACACUCUGCUGGUGGACUGGCUCCCGCAGACAGACCUCCUCGCCCAUCCGCAGACCCGGCUCUUCGUGGCCCACGGGGGAACCAACGGUCUCCAGGAGGCCAUCCACCACGGCGUGCCUCUGGUGGGGCUGCCGCUCAUGUUCGACCAGCAUGACAACUUCUUCAGGAUGCAGGUGCGAGGAGUGGCCAAAGUGUUAGAUAUUUCCACAGUGAACAGAGAGGUGUUCCUGGAGGCUCUGAAGGAGGUUCUGCACGAGCCCAAAUACAGAGAGAACAUGAAGCGUCUGUCGGCUCUGCACCGAGACCAGCCGCUCAAACCUCUGGACAGAGCCAUGUUCUGGAUCGAGUUUGUGAUGAGACACGGAGGAGCCAAACAUCUGGUCUCAGAGUCCUACAAACUCUCCAAGCUCCAGUACUACUGCCUGGACGUAGCCGCGUUCCUGCUGGCAUUAGUCGCUCUGAGUCUGUACGUCUGCACAAAGACACUCAGAGUCCUGUGGGGGGCGCUGUUCUCCACCAGCAAAUCCAAAACAAACUGAACCCAAAGGAGAUGUUUGAGCAGAAUGUGCAGAAAGACGACCAGAGCUGAUUAAACUACACAGAAGUACAGGGUUUCCCCAAAAAAAUUAUUUACUUCACAGGCCAGUCAUUUUGGCAAAUCUUGUUGAAAUAACCACACACUAACCACACACACACACACACACACACACAC